AUGGCAAAACCGCACGUAAAGGUGGCUGUGAUUGGAGCCGGCAUGUCGGGUCUUGUUGCAGCCAGGGAGCUCCGUCGCGAGGGGCACCGAGUGGUUGUGUUCGAGAGUAGCAAUGAUGUCGGUGGCACUUGGCUGUAUGACCCUCGGGUCGAAACUGACCCGCUGGGGUCUGAUCCGGACCGCGAGGUUGUCCAUGCCAGCAUAUACCAGUCGCUCCGGACGAACCUCCCAAGGCAACUCAUGGGUUUCUCGGACUACCCAUUUCUCGAGAAGGGAUGUGGGGACCCCAGGACCUUCCCGGGUCACCAGGAGGUGCUCCGGUUCUUCCGCCGCUUUGCGGAGGAUUUCGGGCUGAUUGAGUUGAUUCGGUUCAAGCACAAAGUGGUUCGGGUUGAGCAUGCAAUCGACGGGAGGCGGGACGAGUGGGCUGUGGAGUGGCGGACGUGCAAUGGGGAGGAGGCGGCGGGCGUGGAUGUUUUUGAGGCUGUGGUGGUUUGUAACGGCAAGCACACCCAACCAAAGAUUGCUGAAUUUCCAGGGAGAUCAACAUGGCCAGGAGAACAACUACACAGUCGUAAUUAUCGAGUUCCCGAGCCAUAUAAAGAUAAGAUUGUGGUGAUAAUAGGAAAAGGGAUUAGCGCAAUCGAAAUAGCCAAAGACAUCUUACCUUUUGCCAGAGAAGUUCAUCAAGCCUCAAGAGAAACAAAUGCCCAUGUCCUGAAAUUGAGAAAACUCGAUGGGGUCUUCCCACAUACCAUGAUUGCACGCGGGGAAGAAGAUGGUAGAUUAGUUUUCCAGGAUGGAUCGUCUGUAUAUGCAGAUGUUAUUAUCCAUUGCACUGGAUAUAGUUACCAUUUCCCAUUUCUGAAGACGAAGGGACUUGUGAGUGUGGACAACAACUGCGUGGGGCCUUUGUAUAAACAUGUUUUCCCACCAAGCCUAGCUCCACGGCUCUCUUUCAUUGACAUACCCUUUCUGACUGUUCAUGCAUACCAUAGCGAGUUACAGUCAAAGUGGGUGGCCAAGGUUCUAUCUGGAGAAUUGGUGUUGCCAAGUGAAGAAGAGAUGAUGUCUUCUGUUCAAGAACAUUACCAGCGCAUCGAAGAACUGGGAUGGCCUAAGCGUCACACUCACAAGCUUGAAAUGGAAAAGUUUGAGUAUGAGAAGUGGCUUGUGGGUCAAUUGGGACUACCACCAUUCGAACAAUGGAGAGAGAAGAUGGGCUUUGCUGUAUUCAAAUUCCUGCAAUCUUCUGAUCAAAAUUGGCGUGACACUUGGGACGUUGAAAAGUGGAUGCAAGAAGAAGGAUUUGGCAAGCAAAGUCAUUGA